GUCACCUUCCACUUCUCCCCGUCUCCCCACAGUCAACGCCAGCCGCCGGCACAGUCUUCUUCUUCUUCUACUCCCCCCACACAUCGCCUCUACUCCACGCCCCUCCCUCGCCGCCUCUCUCCACUAGGCAGAGCGAGUCUGGCUCGUCGGCGCCUUAAUCCGGCCGCUGAAGCGCACCGAUCUGGCCGGAUCGAUCCAGCCGGCGGGACACCACCCGACCCGCCUUGUUACCGUCGUCUCCUCUAUCGGUGCGACGCGGAAGCAAGGCCCCGCUCCCGUGGUGCGCUCAAAAGAAGCACGUCGCGAGCGGACUGCUUCUGCUCCGGUGGCGCGUGUCAGGCAUACAAGAAACUUCGAUUCUGACUCUCCGGCCUUCCCCAUGGAAAUUGCCGGCGCAAACCUCACAGAAGUCGUGCGCUCGCUGAGGCUGCUCAAGAUCGAGGGGUACAGCAUGAUCCAUGACAUGAGCAGUGACGAUUACUUCAAAUACAAGUGGAUUUUCGACGGGUACGAGUGGGAAAUCCGUGUAUAUCCAAGCGUCCUGAAUUCAACGGGUUUGGACUGGUUCGUUGGAGUGCGUCUUAUCUUUCUUAGUGAACCCCGGGGGCGCGCCGUGAGGACUACUCUACGCUGUGGCUUGGUCGGUCCGAGACGAGUGCUAUGCAAUGAACGUCAUGAUACAAUAAUAUUCAGGAAGCCCCAAGAUAGCUCAGCAAAAAUUGCGCUAACGGGAGAGGGCUAUAUCGAUGAUGACGAUGAUUCUUUUAGUGUGCAAUGCAUCAUUGAGGUUUUCAAGGAACUACCAGAUAUCCCACCAGUCCCGUUUAAAGAACUGCAUCUACCAUCGUCUAACUUGCAUCAGCAUUUCGCUCAACUCCUCCAGAGCGAGACGGGAGCAGACGUCACGUUUCUGGUGGACGGCGAGUCUUUUGCUGCGCACAAGCUCAUACUCGCCGCAAGGUCCCCUGUAUUUAUGGCCGAGUUCUUUGGAGACAUGAAGGAGAAGUGCUCGCCAAGUGUGGAGAUUCAGGACAUGGAGGCUGCGGUAUUCAGGGCGUUACUGCAAUUCAUCUACACCGACACUGUGUCAGAAUUCGAACAGCAGGACGCGGCCGAUGAGAAGGCCAUCUACGCUGACACAGAGUUCGGGAUUAAGCGGAUUAGUUUGGGGAUGGUAGAUGGCUAUAUACAAGCGCAAAAGGAAAGAAAGGAUAGAAAGGAUAUUAUAAGGUUGGGUUGUUUUAGAGAGAAGGAGGCGGCGGUGACGGUGAUGGCUCAGCAUCUACUUGCUGCUGCUGACAGGUAUGGACUGGACAGGCUCAAGCUCAUUUGUGUCGGUGAGCUCUCUGGUGGCAUCAAUGUGUUUACAGCAGCCACAACUUUAGCUUUAGCCGAGCAGCAUAACUGCCCAGAGCUCAAGGAGAGGUGUGUUCAGUUUAUUAUUAGAACUUCUGCCACUCUGGAUAUGGUGUUGCGAACCGAGGAGUAUAAGCACCUAGAGGCAAGCUGCCCUCUGGUCGUGAUUGAACUUUUCAAGGCUGCGCGGGAGAGAAGAAGUUGAAGUGUAUCUUGGUGCUUUGGGGCCAAGAGUUGAUGGUGCAUGGUAUUGUAUCUGUUUGAGCUUGCCUGAAAUGACCUUUUCAAGGCUGGGCGUGGGAGAAGAAGUUGAAGCAUAUCUUGGUGCUUCGGGGCCAAGAGGUGAGGGUGCAUGGUAUUGUAUCUGUUUGAGCAUGCUAUAUGCCUGUCUUUCAAUAAAAUUUAGGAAUACUUCUAUGUACAUCUGUAUAUUUUGUGGGCAACUAGUUUGCUUGUAUUUCCCUUUCACUUUGAUAUGUAAUUUUGUGCUAAAUGGUUUGUUGUGAAUUUGUGCUCGCCGAUGGCAAGCAUUGACAA